CAAUGGGCGUCGACUCGGAGGGCAUUAAUUGAUGAAGGUGUCUCCAGACCGGUGCACCUCCCCUCUCUGUCAUUUUAUUUGUGGCUCGACCAGCAGCCAGAAUAGCAGCUGCAUUUUUAGCUCUUAUUCUUUUUCUCUCUCUCUCUCUUUCUCCCUCCCCUCCACCCUCACAACUCCCUCCCUCCCUCUCUCUCUCUCUCUCUCUUCUCGCUAUUUUAUCCCUCUGGCUGAGGCAGUGGUGUACACCUACCCCUCGUCCUGCUGCCGACCAGAGGGGAGUGGAGCCGGCAGAGGCAGGUAGCAGCAGCCCCGGCUUGGUGGACGUAUCCGUCGCAUUCCUCCACCAUGCCGGACCGGGGCAAGAGGCGACGGGUGGAUGCUGUCACAUACACCGGCAGCUCCAUUUAAUGUCAAAGUUUGCAUUUCAUGACGCAGCAGUGUGGAUUAAAGGUAUGAGCAGGAUGAGCUCUGUGCCAUUCACCGGUAAAUCCAUAGCAUACUGAGACUGCAUGGAUUAAUAUUGGAUACAUAAAACAUGGGAGACCUGGAGUGUGGCUUUGAGGAAAUGCAAGGAGUGAGAUUGGGAUACCUGCUCAUCCAAGGCAAGCAAAUGUUUGCUUUGUCUCAGGUAUUCACCGACCUUCUGCAGAACAUCCCCCGGACCACGGUGCACAAGCGCAUGGACCACCUGAAUGUGAAGAAGCACCACUGCGACCUGGAGGAGCUGCGGAGGCUCAAAGCGAUUAACUCUAUAGCUUUCCACGCCGCGAAAUGCACGCUCAUAUCGCGGGAGGACGUGGAGGCUCUGUAUUUCUCCUGCAAGACGGAGCGGGUGUUAAAGUCCAACAAAAGGAAAGCGAAAGCUGCGUGCUCCCCCGGGGCUGAGGACGCGUCCCAGGGGCGUGCAGACACCGAGCUAUGGAAGGAGAAAGUUUGGUUCAGUUUGCACGGUGUCCCGGAGACACCUCUCAACAAAACGAGCAGGAGGAAGGAGCUGACUCCCUGCCUCACCGACUCCAAACUACCUCAGUUUUACCAGAAAACGAACGGACGGGAGUACCGCUCGGCGACUAAGUCCGGUCACAAACACUUUAAAAACUAUGAAACAGCGAAAACAGCAGGGAACCGGGUCACUCUGAGCCAAAGGCAAGCGUUUUUCCGGCAGCCGGUAGUGCUUCAGUCCGCCAUAGCUGCUCAGUCCAGGCUCUCGCGCUCAGCCGGCGACCUACUUCACAAAAGGAAGAGGAGGCGCGAGGGGGGCAGGAGCAGAAACGCGCAACAACACGUACCGCCGGUGCUGCUCGUGCAACCCAAAUCCAGCCACGGGACUUCUUUCGGUGCUUUCCACCUCGGUCCGGAUCUCUUUCUGGACCCCAGACCUCACCAUCAUCACCACCACCAUCAUCAUCAUCACCACCACCACAACGAGCCCGGUUUCCCGGAGAGCUACAGCAGCGACACCGAGUCCAGUACCUACUCAGACCGGGCCGACUCGGACUUUGGGUCCGGCUUCUCCAGCACCAGCAACUCCGGGAGCUCCGAGGAAGAGGAGGAAGAGGAGGAUGAAGAUGACACGCAGUCAGAGAGUUCAGAGGUCAGCUCGGAUGAAGAGGAGAGCUCCUCUCAGUCCGACUCCAGCUCUGUUUCCAGCCGGGUUUCGGUGCAGAGCAUCCGGUUCAGACGGGCCCGGGUUGGCUCUGUCUCCAAAAGUGUCAGCACCGGUAAAGCCCCUCUGGUCCUGCAGCCCACGUUUCACUACAACCAGCACCAAGAGAAACCACACCGGUCACUGGGCCACGUUUCCGCGUCACAACCAGGGGACAGGAGACAGAAGAAAUGUGAGUUUAACUGCAGUGAAGCUAGAAAAGACUUUGGACCUUUACAGCCGCCAAGAUUUAACUCAAGUCUCAUGGGAGAGAGCUUUUUAUUCGAGUACAAAAAGGGGAACGCUUUUGAGUCUGAUCCAAACAGUGUGGACCCUUAUUCACCGGGACACAACCGGAUUCCCCCCCCCUCACGCAGAACACUUCAGUGUGACCAGGAGAGAUACACCAAGCGCCCCAGAUGCACCGAGAAAAGGGAGGCGAAGCCCAGCAGACUGAAACUGUCCCCUCCGCUGAAGAGAAUAAAAACCGAGCCAGAGGAGCUCUCUGUGUCCGCGGCCCCCCGCCCGGACCGCGGCAGGACACCCCCCUUCAACCUCCACAAUGUGAAAGUUAAAGUGGAGGAAAGCUGUGAUGAAUAUGAAUACCAGAGCCAGGCAGUCAAAUGCAAAGGAGAUAAGACAGAGAGCAAUGGGCAGUAUCCCCUAAAAAAUGGGGGCUAUUUCGGGAUUAAAGCCACAGCGAAGAGCCCUGAUGUGGCCCCCAGGUCCCCCUGCAGCCCUCAGGAAUGCAGGAGCUCCCCGUGUAUUGAGGAGGGGAACAAAACCUGCAGGGCUCCGGUGCUGGGGGGGAAAAAACCUCGAGUUUCCAGGACGCAAACAAAACACAGGGUCAACCAAGCUGCCUCUUCCUCUUCCUCCUCUUCUUCGUCGUCCUCUUCGCGUCCAGAGGAAGUAUCCACGGAGGAUGUACCGAGCAGACGCAAACGCAGCACUGUAGCAUCGCCUGCUAAAAUGCUUUUCAGCCUGAUGGCACAUUUCCCCUCCCCGCCGUCGCUGGUUGUUGGCAGCGACGGGGAUUUGUGCCCUGCUUACUCCCUUAAGUCGCCGAGGGGCGCCGGGCCUCCCCCUCCGUCCCACCCCGUGUGGAGGUGGCAGCCAGGCGGACAGAUUCUCCCUCCCCCACCCGCUCAGAGGACUAGGAAAUACUGAGCAGGGGUUUAAAAACAAUAGCCUUCACCAUCGACAACCUCUCCGUGAGCUCACCACUCGCAACUUUACCGGUGUGCAGCCAAUUUUCUGUGAAUGGGUUUACAUUCCGCUUUGUUUUGAAGUUUGAUCGAGAAAAAAAACCCUUUUUGGAGCCUCAGAAAACGCCCACAGGACUGUGAGACACUGCUCGUGGAUUUACGCUUAAAAAAACUGUUUGAAAUAAGCUUUCAAUCCUAAGCAAUAUGUUUCUACUUGACUCUUUCUUCUUCGCUUUUUCUAUGCUCGACCUGUUGGAUUGUAUGGUGCCAAGGUGUGUGCUUAAAGGAAAUGUUUUAAAAAAAGAAAAAGCACUCCUUGAAAUGAGGCUAAUCUAUAGCUGGGACUGAGGGCUAGUUGGUAAAUCAAAAAAAAAAAUCAGGGUUUCCCAUUCUGUGCCACCUGGUAAUUGUAUAUGUCAAAGCUGUUUUCUUUCAUGACAUGCUGACCACAAUGCCCCACAUUUCAGAGAAUUAUUAAAAAAUUGGUUCAGUAAUAUCUAUCUUAUUAUGCUCACAGAAAAGCCUUUAUUAGAUUUGGCAGGAGUGUAUUCUUGCUGGUUGUGUUUCUUUUUUUUCCUUUUCCUAGAGUGCUUGAUGGUUUUCAGUCUUUCAGGUUUUCUUUCUGCUGAGUAUUUCCUGGUUUGCAAAUGUGUGACAGUGCACAGACGCAGGCCCAGACACAACACAGGCCUUAUGUACAGACAAUCAAAAAGAGAGAGACCUUCAUCAUAGCACGUCAGCUCCCACCAUGGACUUGAUGCAUGUCCCUCAUGGUGCAAAACCAGUCUGUAUUUUCCUCUAUGCAGGACUAAUGUAAAGCUAAACAGACAGUAUGCCAAUAUCCAAGCUAGGCAGUGGAUGGGAUGUGAUUUAGCAGUCCAUAUGGGGGGGGGUAACAGCACCAAAAACAGCGUGAAACACCUUCUAGCUCUGGCUACUCUGAAACAAUGCGACAAAGCACAAGAGAUAGGCUUAAAGGCACUUUGAUACUGUAGGGGGGUCUUGGUUUUAGCUUUCUGACUAGCCUGUGAAAUGAUGUCUGAGAGAACUUAAAUAAAUCAUUUGGAUCUACACACAAAGGCCAAACUGCAUUAACUUGACUGAUAUUUGAAUAUCUAACCAUGCCAUUCUGGUUUUCUGAUUUAAAAAAAAAAGAAUUUAAUAAUAUGCUAAUUUCCGUGAAGCCACUGUUGUUCAUUAUUCUCUUUGCAGCUGAAGUUAAUUGUCUCGAUCUAAGCUGGAAAAACGCCAAUUAUUUCCUAUUAUUUGACACCCAAAAUACAAUCAGUUUUAAAAUACUGCUCUCUUUAUAUGUCGAACAUCACCAUCUCAUUAUCUUUAAUGUAGCCUUUGGAAUAUGGCCGCUCAGUGAAUGUAGUAUCCCUGAUUGAUUUACCCCCUUUAAUUCAUUACAGACUUCACACACAGGAAGUGAAUCCAGUGACUGAAGCUGCACCUACAUGCAGGUAUUUUAAGUAAAUGUGUGUUUUUAAUGGCAGUACAGGUCUGCUAAUUGGCAGGCUUUCAGUCUGCGACAAAGAGAGGCCCAGCUUAUGGCGAGCCACACCACAACAAACCCAAAGCCUGGAUGAUGUCAGCCCCUCACACGCUGCAUUCAUUCAGAGGAUUGUAGAAAAUGGGUGAUUGUUAAAAAAAAAAAGUGAGUUUGCCUGAAUCAGCGUGGAUGCAUAUGUUUAACCACGUGAUUAACUCUGCAGCCAUGAGAGAGAUUUUCAAACUUGAACUUUUAUCCCCAGCGCGUAAAACUGGCUGUUUCUGACACAAACUGAGCAGGCUUGCAGUAAAACGGAGGGGGUUGAGAGGGUGCUGUGUUGCAAGAGCUUUCAACCUUUAAUCCGCAUGUCAAAAGCAUAGGCUGCACGGCACAGGGAGAAGAGGAAUAGCCUCACCCAGAGCAUGCAGGCGCCCCCCCCCCCCCUCUGUCGCACCGGCCUACGCACAAUGCGCGGCCGAGGGACGGAGGUGGUGGUAAUGGCCUGUUGGGAGGGCCUUUCCACCGUUAAGACAAAUAGCUCUCUGACAGUGACGCUAUCAAUGUAAACAAUUGCAGCGUGCACCCCCCCUCCUCCCCCUCCUUCUCCUCGUUCACUCAUUUUUGAUACUUGAGGUCAGCUUUUUGACAUGGAGUUUGAAGUCACUGGUUGUUUAUAUGAAGCUGAAUAUUUAUUUUUGUGACUUUUUCCUGGGGUUUCUUGUAUAUUGAUUUGUUGUUGUUGUUGUGAAUAUUAUAUAGAACAACUGCACUCGAAAUGGAAACUUGAACGGUGGAUUUCUGAAGCACUUUCCCUCUCUUUUCUUUUUUAUUAUUAUUAUGAAGCAUUCAUUAAACGCGACUGAGUGUAAUU